UGGAGACCCCUGGACUAGAUGACCUAUAAGGCUCCUUCCAACUCUGUUAAUCUUUCCUAACUUCCUGACAAGACUACAUAUAUUGGAACCUUUAAAAGCAAGUUCUCUUCUGUAGGUUUCUUGCGCCCAUUUGGCUUCUGCUGCUCCUGACACUUGGUUUUCCUUCUCCCCCGCCCUUUCUCCUUUCCCCCUUCAUCUUCUCUGCUGUCUUCUUUCCUUUCCUCCCCUCUCCUUCCUCUCCUUCCCUUUCAGCGAGCUUGUGCUGGGGCGGUGGGCUAAGUGCGUGUAUUGGAGGCACUGUGCGGAUGUGGGCAAAUUGAUAGCAACCCCACCCUUCCUCCUACACUCGCUCUUCUCAGGCCUUCCAACUCUCCGAGCCUGCCUGGUUCAGAACGCUUCCCCUACCAGCCAGUGAAAGUGGAGAGUCCCGGGGCUUUGCCGUCUCGUCAGCUCCAGAGGCAGCCCGGCGCUCCCUUCCUCGCAAAGUCAAGACCGGCGGGGAUCUGUGCGGCUCCGGCUCUCUGCGCAUCCAACCCACCUUCAGCAUCGCCACUGGUCUUCUCUCGGGAGGUUUCCUGUGGUCACUAUGGGUAAACUGGCUAAUGCAAACUCGCAGUUUGCUCUGGAUCUUUUCCAAAAGUUGAAGGAAGUCCACCCAACCGGCAACGUUUUCUUUUCUCCGCUCAGUGUAUCGUCCGCCCUGGCCAUGAUCGUUUUAGGGGCCCGGGGUAACACAGCUUCGGAACUCUUGAAGACACUUCAUUUUGAUGGUGUUGAAGACCUUCAUUCAGUAUUUCACAUGCUCAAUGCUGAAAUUAACCGGAGCAACGCACCCUACAUUCUGAAACUUGCUAAUAGAUUGUAUGGAGAAAAAACUUUCAACUUUUUGUCUGAUUUCUUGACUAGCACCCAGAAUUUGUAUGGAGCUGAAUUAUCCACAGUGGACUUCUCAAAUGCUCCAGACAAGGCAAAAAAGGAAAUUAAUCAAUGGGUUGAAGAGCAGACUGAAGGUAAAAUCCCAGAGUUGUUAUCCGAAGGAUCCAUCAAUGAAAUGACUAAAUUGGUUUUGGUGAACGCUGUCUACUUUAAAGGCAACUGGGCAAAGGUAUUUAAAGAAGAAGAUACUGAAGACAAGCCUUUUAGACUAAAUAAGACAGAAAAAAAGAAUGUGAAGAUGAUGUUUAUGGAACAGGAACUUCCUUUUGGUUAUAUCCCUGAAUGCAAGUGUCGUGUGCUGGAAUUGCCAUACAAGGGAGAGGAUCUUAGCAUGAUCAUCCUUUUGCCUGACAGCAUUGAGGAUAAUUCCACAGGCCUGGAACUGCUGGAGAAGCAGCUUACUUUGGAAAUACUGCAAGGAUGGACCCAGCCAAAGUAUAUGAAUUCUGGUGUGGAUGUCAAAGUACAUCUACCUAAAUUUCAGCUGGAAGAAAACUAUGAUCUUAAAUCUUACUUUGCAGCAUUGGGGCUAGUAGAUUUGUUUGACAGUGGCAAGGCUGAUUUGUCUGGAAUGUCAGGAGUUCAGGAUCUCCAUGUGUCUAAAAUUGUUCACAAGUCCUUUCUAGAAGUAAAUGAAGCGGGCACUGAAGCAGCAGCAGCUACUGCUGCUACAGAUGAGGAUUAUUGUUCUCCCAUGGUGGAGGAUUUUAAUGUUGACCAUCCUUUCCUAUUUUUUAUCCGUCAUAAUCCAACAAACACGAUACUUUUCCUUGGUAAAUUUGCUUCUCCAUAAAGAGUAUCGUAAGUCAUAAAACCAAUUUCCAGUCUCCUAUAAUAUACACGUUCCUCUGUUUGCUUGGGGGAAUUGCCAUGAACAAGUUGGGUUCCUCCAGAUGUUUUCCAUGUUUGAUUUUCUUGACCUCCUGAGCCAAUUAAUAGAUUUUGUGUGACACUUUGCUCUAAAGCAUGGCUGUCAAACUCGCGGUCCACAGGCCAGAUGAGUCAUGCGCUGGCCAUGCCCUCGCCCGGAUUUAGCGAAGGGGAAAAAAGUCGUGAUACGUCACAUCAUGAUGCCAUGAUGUAAAUUUGAUACCCCUGCUCUAAAGGGUACCCAUCUCUGAUUUAGGACAUUCAGCUGUGUUUGACUGCAGUUCCUUUAAUUUCCAGCUAGCUAGGAAUUCUGGGGAUUGUAGUUUGAGCUGUUUGGAAGCCAUCAGGCAGCUACUGUGCAUUGUAUUUGUAAAACGAAUAACACAUGAAUUACUGAAAUAAAGUUGGCCUUCAUUUAAUAUAA